CACCUGCCCCGCCUUGUGGAGCCGCCUCGCCCAGCAGAGACCCCUCCCUGUCUGGACCCUGGCCCCACCUCCGGACUCUUACCACAUCACCUCCUCGUGGGAGCUACUGUGACUGCCUUCACCACCUUCCUGAAAACUGGUGUCUGGGCAGAAGUUAACUGCAGCCUCGUGUAAAUGCCCUAGGGCUGUGCUACUGGACGGGGCACAGUCCCCUGUGAUGUGGAGCCCUGCGCUCAGACUCAUCAGUUCAGGUUGCCUGAGGCCUCGCCACCCCUUGGACCAUGUUUAACGGGGAGCCAGGUCCGGCCUCGGCCGCGGCCUCCAGGAACGUGGUUCGGAGCUCCAGCAUCAGUGGUGAGAUCUGCGGCUCCCAGCAGGCUGGGGGUGGGGCUGGGACCACCACAGCCAAGAAGCGGCGCAGCAGCCUCGGGGCCAAGAUGGUGGCCAUCGUGGGCCUGACCCAGUGGAGCAAGAGCACGCUGCAGCUGCCCCAGUCUGAAGGGGCUACCAAGAAGCUGCGCAGCACCAUCCGACGGAGCACGGAGACGGGCAUUGCUGUGGAGAUGCGGAGUCGGGUCACACGCCAGGGCAGCCGGGAGUCCACGGAUGGGAGCACCAACAGCAACAGCUCCGAGGGCACGUUCAUUUUCCCUACUACCCGGCUUGGGGCUGAAAGCCAGUUCAGUGAUUUCCUGGAUGGGCUGGGACCAGCCCAGAUUGUGGGGCGACAGACGUUGGCGACGCCACCAAUGGGGGACGUGCACAUUGCCAUUGUGGACCGGAGUGGCCAGUUGGAGGUGGAAGUGAUUGAGGCUCGGGGCCUGACCCCCAAACCAGGCUCCAAAUCCCUCCCAGCCACCUAUAUCAAGGUUUACCUGCUUGAAAACGGGGCCUGCUUGGCCAAAAAGAAGACAAAGGUGGCCAAGAAGACCUGUGAUCCCCUGUACCAGCAGGCUCUGCUCUUCGAUGAGGGGCCCCAGGGCAAGGUGCUGCAGGUGAUCGUCUGGGGAGACUACGGCCGCAUGGACCACAAAUGCUUCAUGGGCAUGGCCCAGAUCAUGCUGGACGAGCUGGACCUGACCGCCACGGUCACCGGCUGGUACAAACUCUUCCCCACAUCCUCAGUGGCAGACUCUACACUUGGAUCCCUCACCAGGCGCCUGUCCCAGUCCUCCCUGGAGAGUGCCACCAGCCCCUCGUGCUCCUAAGGACCUCCGAAGAGGCCGGGGAUAUAGUGUGGGAAGGGGUGCCUCACGGCACUCCCCUCCCCUGUACAUAGUCUUUGUGUCUUUCUGGACCCUUGCCCUGCUGCAUGCCUUUUGGCUACUGGGCCCGUCCCAGCUGGCAGUGGAGAUCGUAGUAUGUGUGUGUGUGCGUGUGUUUGUGUGUGUGUGUGUGUGUGUGUGUGUCUGUGUGUCUGUGUCUGUGUGCGACCAUGUUUUAUCCGUUCACCUGUCUGGGUACGGUCAGUCCUGGUGACUACAUGAGCUAAAAUCCACAUCUCUCUGUGUCUCGUUGAAAAGAAACCCAAAGGAGUGUUGUGUGGAUGUGGAUCCCUGAGUCCAGGGGCAGAAGCGGGGGAUGUGGCCGCCGAUCCCCCCUGCCUGGUCCUGUGCCCAGGGCAGAGUCCACGUGUCCCUGUCGGGGCUGCCUCUUGGCGGUCCCUACUUUGUUUUCUGCCUUGUCCUGUGUCCCACCUGUGCUUCUCUCAGCACCGCGGCUCUUUUUUGAGGAAUGUAGUACCCACUGCAGCUGGCCACACUGAGGCCCCUCGGGAACCCUCCUCCCUGCCCAGCGCUCUGGCAGCUCUUCCCACCGAAUGCACCUGCAGCCUGGAGCAUGCUUACCUAGGGCCUUGGCUGGGGGCCCGGCAAGCAGACCGUGCCUGGGAAGCUGCGGGCUUGGAGAUCGCCUCCUCGCUUCGGCAGCACACCGCUAGGAAGACUUAGUUCCCAGGGCGGCUGGCCAGGCCCCUUAGAGGGAAGUGCAGGCACCUCCCUUUAGCAUCGUUCUCCACCUCCUGCCUUCCUCUGAGCCUCCUUGCUUCCAACAUGCCGAAGGAGCUCUCCCAGUGGAUCCCAGGAGGUGUGGACUUGGAGGGUCUUGACGCCCUGGAGGCUGGCCUCAGGGGGAAGGUACUCUGCCAAAGCAGAUGGUUCCUGGAGGUUCCUGUGUAUUCUCCAGGCCCUGGGGGUGGCCUUGUCCUCCUCCGGGUGCAUCCUGGUGGGGCCUGGCUUGUGGAGGAAGCGCUGGGGGUGGGGCUGUUUCUGGAAUGAGGAGGGCUGGGGCUCCCCUUGUCUGUGCCAGUGUUGAGACUCCUGUCUGACCUUUGGGGAUUAGCUGCAUGAGGCUGACCAUUUGGGUCUCUCUUUGUUUGCUCAUUUCCAGACCAGGGUCCCUGUCUGGGAGCUCAGACUCACCUGGGCUCCAGCUUUGCAGCCUCACGGACAGCCUGGCUCUGGACUCAGCUAGCCUGCCACAGUCACCAGCUCUGUACAAGCAAUACUUUCCCCUCUCGGCCUCCUAGCCUCCUUGCGCCCCGCAGCUGCCCUCUGGAGAGUGGCCCGGCCUGCUCUCUGCACCUCACCCGCCUCUGCUUUCUUUCUGCCCUUGUCUGGUUGGAGCCUCCCAAAGUCCCUCAAACCCUGACUUCAUAGGACAGCUGGGCCCCGUGUGGGCGAGGCUACCAGGGCCUGGACCCAUGAGAUGUCUGCUGGGAAUGCCCAGAUCUGUCCUCUCCCUCCUCAGGUCUGGGGCAAAAGGUGAGAGGUUGCCCAGGGGGUACACACGGCCGCCCUUUGGUCUGUGUCUGGUGGGGAGGAAAGAGGUGGCAGGAGGGCAUCAGGGUAUGGAGAAGACCGCCCCUCCGCCUCUUCCCCAGACGGCAGCCCCAAGUGCUGCGUGACUCUGACCCACAUGCCCAAGGUGUGGGGGAGCUACCCAGUUGAGCAGUGGGGCGGUCUCGGGACCUGAGUGCUUGGACUCCAUUCAUAACCAAAGCCGGACAGAUGGGCCUAGAGGCGGAUUCUGAGCGGAGAGGGAGGAGGUUCUCCAGAGAUAAAGGCAUCUCCACCCAAAGGGCCUCCUUUCCUGGUAGGGACCCACAUCAGGUCGAAGCCAGAGCCUGGUAACCUCCCUCCCAGGAAAACCCCAUUGGUCCUGCCCACAGAUGGAAAGUGGGUAAGGGCAGUAAGAAAUGAACCAAAUGGGCUCCUGGCUUCUGCUAGAGCCUCCAUUCUUGUCUUAUCACAGAUGAAGACUGUUGUGGGCGUAGGGAGAGGGAGGAGGCAGCUGGGUCGGCUUUUCUCUUCAGGCAGAAAUUCUCUCCGGUUGUCGGGAUUGGGUAAUGCGCGCCUAGCUCUUGUUUCUAAAAAUAAGGCAAAGGGCUCUGUACUCUUUGACCCUAGGGUGGGGAGAGGGAGGAAACGCGCUCACAAAAGGGUAUUUUAUGUCCUGUCUGUGAGGUGUUCACCUCUCCCGAACAGUCACCCUCAGGAUGGCGUGAACAUCAUCUGCACUUCUGGAAUGGUGGGAUUAGUAAAGAGUCCUAGGAUCGCGUAGACACCUGCUGAUGCAGCCCCAAGUGGCGCUACCAAGACUGUGCAGCCACCCCCCCACUCCCAGCAGGGAAUGGGGGCUAUCAGGGAGGGAGAUCACCCUCCUUCCUUGAGGGGUCCAGGAAGACAGAGAAGGUGGAUGGCUUCCAGCAAAGAGCCGCCUCUGGGUGGCUGUAGGCCACGGUCCCCUCACCUUGGGGGCCAGGUUAGCACGCAGAAGGUCCAGCCGGAGCUGAGGCCUGACCUGUUGGCAACUUGUGCUGACCUGGCUGCAGUCCCUAGCCGCCAGACCUGCCCAGGAGCUGGGCCGCUCCUACCCCACCUCUCCUAUGGGAAGUAAUUCCCCCCAGGUUGACCUUAGGGAAUUAUCCUCUUUCACCCUCUGCACCAAUCAGUUACGAAUCCCCACCUGGAUUCUGCGCCCCCCCCCAUGAUGGUGAGGUCACGCGAGGCUGACGUGUGCAUGUGACUGUGAAUGGCUGGGUUUCGGUGUCUGUUCCUCAUCCUCCUUGAUACAGGGGCUUGUCCGAGAAGCCGUUUGGGAGCUAGCCUGUCCCGGGAGAGGCGGGGGCACAGUGUGCCGCCUGGCCUUCCCUGGGGCGGGGAGCACCUUUGAAGAGGGGAGGGUGGGGGAAGGAGGGAACACGGUACCCCCCACCCACCCCCGAGAGUGCUCCCUCACCUGGGAACCCUGCUUGGCCAGGUACAGAGCCCGCUUCCCCCAGGUGAGACCCAGAGCAGAGGACAGGACGGGGCCCUUUGCCAUGCCCUGUCCUCUGCCAGGGCAGGUUCGUGGAGGAUGCGGUGGAGAUGGGGGCGGCCCUGCAGCAGCGUCGGGCUUGUGGGCAGGAACCGUGAGGGAUGAUUCAGAGCAUCUGUCUUCACGUUUCUGCUGCUCAGCGCGUCCCACUUCCCUCACAGACUCCUUCCCUACGGGGAUAUCUGAGGGCCUUUGCUAUGAAUCAGCCUCCGGUAAAUGGGGCCAAGUCUAGUUGGACAAGAGGGAUUUGAUCCUUCAGGGAAAAACCAGCUCCGAAACUCCUCCCUAAUCCCAUCUCUUCCACCUCCCAGCUCUCCCCUCAAAAGGAGCCGAGCCUCCCUGGGAGGCUCUCCCCCGCAUGCCAGCAUUCCAGGGGGACGAGGUGAGGCAGAGCCCAGGGGCUCCAGAAAGAGGGGCACCCAGGGGAGCUCUUCGCUUGUGAGAUCACUGGUUCUCCCAGGGGCAUGACCCCCACCAGGGCAAGCAUGCCCGAGCUCUUUACUGCCAGCCUGGAGGAGAGCGGCCCCCUCCCCCCUUAGAGACAAGAGAGACUCCCAAGGGUACGUCUCUGGAAACGAAAUGUAGCACAAUCUUCGACUGUGGGACCAGGAACCCUGACAUACCACCAGGGUUCUCGAGCCACAUCCUGCUGCCCCGGAGGCUCCCCGAUGCCUCCGAUUCCCUUUCCUCCUUGGCCCAGAAAGCAGCAGAGCUUCACGAAGGCCGCUCUUCUGUUUCUCUGAUUGCUUCCUGCACUGUGCAAACUCUGUGCAAGAAACGGCUGCCUUUGCUUGAUGAAGUCGACGAGGCUCCCCUGCCUGGCCGGAGGGAGGGGGCGCCCCGUCCAGGCCCGGGUGGGCCCGCGCCGCAUUUCUGCGGGGCCGGCGGGCGUCGGCGAGGAGAUGGAAAAGAAGAGGCCUGCCUCCCUCGCCGGCUCCUCCCUUCGUGCCCCUCUCCUCCCGGGCAGUUUUCUUCUCCCCGAUCCUGACACGGAAAGAGGCUCUCGAACACGCUGCUUCCUGUCCUGGAUUCUCUUUCAUCGCACGAAGAGGGAGGAGACGGGCGUGUCUCCCCUGCCUCCUUCCUCCAGUCUGCUUUUCACUCAGGUCAGAAGAGGAUGGGGCAAAACCGAACACUCCUGACGGAAGGCAGGGGAGCCCUGCCCAGUCAGGGGAGGCCUGGUGGCGCCUGGCGGAGGGGCGGCGGGCUGGUCUGGCUGGGAACGGCUGAUUUUGAGAGUGCCUGAGCAUCUCAGAGCAAUGUCGGUGAUGCCAAAGAGAGCAACUUGGUCUCCCCAGGCGCCAGCCCUGCUGGUGAGGUCGCACAGAUGCGGCCUCGGUGUUGGCAUGCCUGAUGGCGGGACCUUGUUCUCUGACAAAGGGCUUAAUCUUUCCAUGUAGCAAAGCAACUCCUUCUCCCCCCUCCCCAACCCCGAGCUCGGGCUUUUGUGGGCCCAGCCUGGCUGUGCCUGUGAGGAAAACCACACCAGUAAGAGAAACUGAAAUCUGUCAGGGGCCUAGACUAGCUUGGGGUGAGGGCUUGUUGAGAAAAGUGCGUUACUGCUCUGGAGGAACCUUCCAGGGCUCUAGUUGGAAACUUAGCCAGUAAGGCCCAGGGGCCAGAGUUCACACCGAUGUCAGGAAGGGUCUCUGGGACUGGGUUCCAGAGAGUUUGGCUAAAGAAAUGGGCCCUGGGAAUCCAGGGGCCACAGAGCAUCUGUCCCCCGCCCCACCCCACCCCCUGGAUCGAUGGCCUGGACAGCUGGUUACAGGGCAUCAAACAAAGGUUGUUCUAUAUAGUUUUGUCCCAAAUCAUGACCUUGUACAAGACUCCUCACUUGUCUGGGCCUCAGCUUCUUCAUCUGCAAAGUCAGCAUUUGCUAGUGGUUCCCUGGUUCCCUCCAGGCCUUAAAGUCUGAUCUGGAGCCGAGGAGGGUUUCCAGCCUGGUACGCCUGGGUCCAAGGGCUGGUUUCGUCCGGCCCCUGGUACCCCGACCGGAUGUAGGUCCUCAUCCGUCCCUGCCCAGAUGCUGCCUCUGACAGGAACUCGGAAUCCUAACAGACUCUGCUUCCACCUCCUCGUGGUUUGCUCUCCCUCCUUUCUUCUUGUGUAACGACUGGAAACACUUAAGGGUUGUCUACAAUGGACACUUUUCAAGAGGCUGGUGUGAUGUGACCACCUCAGCCGCGGCCUGCGUAGGUCAGUACCCCCACCGGCAGAUGAGACUGGGUCCAUCCUCCUCUCUGCUUCUAGAAUGACAUCCGUGGGCGAGUGGAACACCUGAGGAUGUUGAAGGCAAUGCUCUCUGAUGGGAGGAGCGAGGGCACUCCUUCCCCAUCAAAGUAUUUUGCUUCUCGAAACCACUCCUCUCUCCAGAAUCUCUCAGCAGACCUCACCUCAGGCAGAGUGGCUGCCUCCUUAGGAAAAGUUGGCCUGAUUAUUCUAUCCACUCCUUUAGGAUGUAAACUCACAGGAGGCAGGAACCCCUUUUUUAGAAUUUCCAAAUGCAUCCUGCAAAGAGAGAGAUAGCUGAUAGGGACUGACAAGCACACUGUUUAGAUAAGAAGCAAUUAGCCUUUUAUAUCUGCGCUCUCUACAUUUUCUAUGUGCAGCAUCUUUCCAAACUUGCUGUGGCUCCUAGGUGGCAGGUGGACGGCUGGGGAGGACUGCCGGCUGUUUCCGACAACAUUCUUGCCAAUUCCCUCGAGGAGAAAAUUCUUCACAUGGCUUCUGCAUGUACAAUAUUUGGGCAGCAAAAAAAAAAAAAAAAAAAAAAAAUUAAAGUCAGUUUGAAAAUGG